AUCAGAUAGAAAUUGCACUGAGAUAAAUGCACGCUAACUAUCAUUAUAGACAAAAUGGCGUUGGUGCGAAGUAGCAGAUCGCUGGGACGUGGCCCAGAUCAGACCAGUUGUUUGCACCAGUAUACUUCUAUCAAACGAAGAUGGAUUCAUCAGACAUGCUGUAUCGCGAGGGUUUCAUCGCAAAAUUCAGCACAGGAAUACAGACUGUGUCGAGCCCGGCAAGACAACCAUCGACCACGUAGACAGCACAUCUACACCUAUAAACCUGCGAGAAGGCGCAGAGGAUCUGGCAGGUCAUCAUUCACAGCUGUAACAUCAUCACAACUCGACACUACAUCAGGCUCUGAUGCAAAGGGGGAGAACAGGGAGAACAUUUUGCCAGAGCAGCAACUAGACACCAAUGUGUGGGCCUACAAGCCCUUUUGGUGCCAGCCUUGGACAAUUUUGGGCACUGGAGCGGCAUUAACUGCUUUCGCAAACCUGGUGUCCCAUGGAUCUGUGCUCUGGACGCUUGUCGUGGGCAUCCCAAUCAGCGCAUGGUGGUUUCUGUUCCUAGUUGUGUACCCAGCCCAGUAUAGAGAAUAUGUAGAGGAGCAGCGAAGCUUCCAACAGCUUGAUGAAGACUAGUUGGCGAGGAAUUGGCCACAUCUUGAUCACCUGCUUCAUAUGAUCAUCAUGAUGCAUCAAGGCAUAGCGCUAUUUGCUAGCAAGAUUUGUACUUUGAAUUCACCUGAGGGGAAUGUGCCUUGCUCAGCUGCAAACUGUUGCCUGAAUACUUUAAUAGUCAGUUGUUUAGCAGAAUUAUUUAAAUGUCCUGCAUGGCUGUGGCUGCUGACUUGGCGAAGCCAUGCUGCCGUACUCCCCAGAGACAUGAGCCAGAAAUGUAGGGGCAGAUACAACCAUCAGUGAUGGUUUAUUUGGAAUGUUGCAUAUGCCUUCAAUCUUGUCAGAAGAUUCUUGUGCAAUCCCAAUAGCCGUCAGAUUGGAUGAUGAGGUAAUUGGAGACUUUCAGCAGAUGCACAAUGAUGUCAUGCCAUAUGGUGAGUCACAUUCGAUGUCUUGAGAUCGAGCUUCAUGGUUAGGUCAAUUGCUUAAGAUUGCAAAUUCUGCCCUUCAUUCUUCAGUGUUCCUGUGACGGAACCCUGAUCGAGGCAAAGGAUUUGCAAUGUUGGAAAAAUUGCAGACCAGACCAGUAGGGCAGCUGCAUCUGCACAAAAGAGGUGUCCAGAUUAUAGUCCUGCCCCUGCCUAUAUGACGCUUCGCAAGCUCUUAGAUUGCUGGAUUAUUGGUUGCGGCAGAUGCUGGCUCUUGUAAGAAUGCAGAAUCGG